GUAUCCUCACAAGUUGCUUUGGCAGCAAAAGCAUGGAACGAAGAAAGCUGUUUUCUGCACUUCUGCUUAUCUCGACCUUUACGGUGUUGGAAUGCAAAGUGCCCAUUGUCGGAAAGGUUUAUAAUAUCAAAAAGUUUUUAUGGACGACAACACCCAUAUGGACGUACAGUACCACAUCACGCAGCGACUGCAUGUGUCAAGUGGACGUAAUGAAACAUGAAAGUGCAAAAGACAUCACUUUCACUCACAUAUUUUACGACGAAGAUCACCACAGGAAAUACAUCACAUUAGAUGGAGUUCUUGAUAAAAAGGAUGUCGUGUAUGUCCACCCGUACGGAAGCGCACACUACAAAAUUAAAGAGGAAAUUGAGUAUUUGAAUAAAUCCUCCAAGUGUGCUGUGAUCCACGUCUUGUCAAUGUCUUCAUUUUACGGCCAUGUCAACAAAUAUGACCUGAGAGUUUGGAACUCAUCAAAUAUAGCCCAUUCGGCUCAACCGUGCCUUCACGCAUUCAAAAAACUACCAGUUCCGGGACUCAUCAUUUAUAAACCGAUGUGCCAUAAGAUCCUUCGUGAAACUUCACCACAGCUGGAUGCUAAAGGCAAACAAUCACAAAUGCAGUUUUCAUGCAGCAGAAAAUCAUAACCUAUAAACGCCAAUAGGGAACACCUUAUAAAAGUACUUAGCAUGCAAAAACUUUACACGGAAAUAUACGUUACACAGUGGUGCUUACUCUACGCUGAAAAAAAGAGAAGAUCGUAUAGGGAGUAUAAUGUUCGGGAGACAUAAAAUAGGUACAGAAUAGUUACAAAUAGACAUAAAAUAGAGUGCCAGAGACAUACGUGAAUAUCUUGGCAAGUAUCUACAAAACUCCCACAG